UUUCACCCAUAGCAGUCGACAACAACUGGCACAUGACUAACUAGGUAGUUGACAAGCAACACGUCCUGGUCCAGGAAGAUGGAGUCUAUUUUGUUUCUGUUAUUUCUUGCAUUAAGUGUAGGGACAGUUAGUGGGGACACGCCUGCUAACUGCACGUAUGACGAUGUACGCGGCACGUGGGUGUUUCAAAUUGGACAAGCCGACAACGUUAACACCAAUAAGUUGGACUGCACUGUGAUGCCAGCAACAGUAUCCACUUUGACAGUAAAGUUGUUGUACCCGGAUGAGGCAGUUGAUGAGUUUGGAAAUAAAGGAUUCUGGACAUUAAUCUAUAACCAGGGCUUUGAGGUGGUGAUACGAAACAGGAAAUAUUUUGCAUUCUCAAGAUACAAACAGGAUGGUAAAAAUGUUACAAGUUACUGUGAUCAAACAUUAAAUGGCUGGUCACAUGACACAUCUGACAGAAACUGGGCAUGCUACAUGGGAAAGAAGACAGAAGCACUUAAACCUAAAUAUCACACUGUACUACCUCCAAAAGUUCAAGACGAUAAAUAUUAUACCACUGACUAUAACAUGUUGUAUAACAUCAACUCGAAACAAAGUUCAUGGAAAGCUGGAGUAUACCCACAUUUAGAAAAAAUGACCAUGGAUGAAAUCAUUAAGAUUGCUGGUGGGAGGAAAUCUAGAAUAAAUGGGCAACCAAGAGCUGUACGACCUACAGAGAAGGAUAUACAGAACUCUCGUAGUUAUCCUGAAGCAUUUGAUUGGAGGGAUCACAUGGGUCAAGACUUUGUUUCUCCAAUUAGGAACCAAGAGUCAUGCGGUAGCUGUUAUGCCUUUUCCUCUAUGGGGAUGCAUGAGGCACGUGUACGUGUCAUUACCAACAACACCCAACAGCCUGUCUUCUCUCCACAAGAUAUUGUCGACUGCAGUGAAUACUCACAAGGAUGUGAAGGUGGAUUUCCUUACCUGAUCGCGGGGAAGUAUGCAGAAGAUUUUGGCAUCGUCCUCGAGUCAUGCAAUCCUUACAAUGGCAAGGACUCUACUGUAUGCCAUACAAAGACCUCAUGUAGUCGAAUGUAUGCAACAGAUUACAAAUAUGUUGGAGGAUAUUACGGAGGGUGUAACGAGUAUGCCAUGAUAACAGCCCUGGUGAAGAACGGCCCAAUGUCCGUGUCGUUUAUGGUGUACAACGACUUCCUACAUUACAAGAGUGGAGUGUACCAUUACACACAGCUGGAGAACAGCUUUAAUCCAUUCGAGAUCACCAACCAUGCAGUGCUGCUCGUAGGGUAUGGAAAGGUUGAGGAGACGGGUGAGAAGUACUGGAUUGUAAAGAAUAGCUGGGGUACAACCUGGGGAGAGGACGGAUACUUCAGAAUCAGGAGGGGCAGUGAUGAAUGUGCCAUUGAAAGUAUAGCUGUAGAGUCAACUCCUAUUGUAUAAGCCUGUUGGUCAGCACUGCGAGAGGAAUAAAGAGUUGUCUCCCUGGAUACACUGUCCCAAUGGUAUUAACAUCAUCAAUAAUCAAGGCUGUCGUUAUAGAUGUAUUUUUGUAAACUUUAGAAAAACAUUGUAAGAAACACUUGUGUGAUUCAGAGUGAUUGUUUUCUUUAUAUAGCUCUUUUUUAUGUUUUUUAUAGCUGAUAUGAAAUGAAAGAUUGAUUUAUUUUACAAUGGUAUGAGCAGAAACUAAUACCUCUAGAAAACCCAUGCAUGUGGCAGGGCUUUUCAUAUCAAAUUGAGGAAUCCGUGGUUAUCUUGUGAGUCGAGUGGAGUGAGUUAUCAUUGCACCACUCGACCACCCUAAAUAGUGAGAUUAGCUGUAUUAAUCUGUUAAAUACCGUGUAGACUCUAUUAUUCUACACAUUGUGUAUAGGUGAAUAUGGGAUUGAGCUCCUGAACCAAGGCUGCCAUAUCAAAUUCUACAAAUUGUGUCUAGAUGUGCAAUAUGUAUAUAUGACAAGUCAAGAAAUUUAAUAGUCACAUAUUAGGAUAACAAAAUAACAUUAGCAUUUUAGUGCUAUUCUUGCGGCAAAAGCAGCUUCAUUGAACUGCGGUUCGCUGUGAUUCACAGUUCUGAAAUAUUGUUUAGGGUCAAACAAAUGCUACUAUGUCCUCUCAUUUUGUUUUCAAUGAGUUUUGUUUUAUAUCACCUUUAUGUACAUAAAAGCAAUCUCUUUUUUACGAUACUAGGAAUUGCUGAUAUUUUUAUAGAGGGUUUAGACAAUUCAUUUCAAGAUAUGCCAAAAAAAAAA